CCGAUAUUUUUCGAAUAUAUUUUCCACCAAUUCUCGCAUUCAGUUCUCGACUGUUGAGCGCGCAGCUGUUUUCAUUUUUCCGGCUCGGUCGCAAAAUUCGAUUUUUCACUAGACUUUAUUAGGGAACAUUCGGAUACGUUUCGGGAAACAAUUUAAAUAUGUAAAUCGAACCGAAGCAAGCCGUGUUUUUUCCUUACUUUCGAGGUUGUGUGUUUUUAUACUCGUAGUGUGUAAACAAAAUGCAUACGUAUGUAUCUACGCCCUCUUCAGUCAAUAAAUAUUAAUGCUUGUUGUGCAGUUAGACGGGCAUGAAUUAGAAAGCAUUAUUUAUUGCACACGUCUGCAGUGUGAAUCAAAACAAAAUCGGAAGCGGCCCGAGAGUGGGUGAGAAAGAGGAGGAAGAGGAGAGCGUGAGAAAACCAGUGGAAAGGAAAUAACAGCUGCCGGCUGAUUUGUUGCGGAAAAGGAACACGAAGAAAGAAGAAAAACGUGAAGAAACAUAGCAGCUGAAAGGAACCUGCCUGAGUAGAAGUACGUUGUAGCAUGCCAGGAUCAGAAAAGUGAAUAACAGAUCAUAAUGAGCAUCCGCACGGAGCAGGAUUACGACAGUGCCACUCCGGCGCUGCAACAACAGAUGAAUUUGGCCCGAAGAGCUUGCUGGAGGAUCAAAUCCUCCAGCUCGGAAUCCCUCUUCAAGACCAAAGCUUCUGCAAUAACCACUAGUGAAAAUCAAAUCGAUGCAGAAGCACUUCCACCACCGAGAGAUGAAACCAAAACGAGAAUAGAGCCGCAGACAGCGCCCGCAAAACGCAACUCAUCCUGCACAUCCUCCGACUGGCGGGGGAUGUUCAGCAAAAGGACGCUGCUCAUCUGCGCCCUGGCCCUGAUCCUUGGAAUUGCCCAGGCGCGGCCCAACACGAGUGCUGUGGGAGUGGCUUCGGGAAAGGUCAGUCAGGACAUUGUGGAUGCGGUUACCCAGCUAAAUCUGGGCCAGUCGGCGCCCAUGGAUGCGGUGGAUGUGGGGCUGGAUCCAACGCCAUCGGUGAGAGUGCCACGUGCCGAGCCAUUGAAAUCGGGCGACGAGGAUGCGAAGGGCGACGAGGGCCACAAAAUGGAGCGGUAUCCCCUCUCCAGUGUGGACUUCGCCCGGGUAAAGACGCCGUUCAUCAUUGGAAUCUGGAUCCUGUCGGCCAGUAUAGCUAAAAUCGGUUUCCAUAUGACGCCCAAACUGCACCUAAUAUUUCCGGAAUCGUGCCUGCUGAUUGUCGUGGGCGUGGUCAUAGGCGUGGUGCUCUAUUUCUGCACCGAUGUCGCCGUCUCCCCGCUCACUCCAAAUACCUUCUUCUUCUACAUGCUGCCACCGAUUAUCCUGGACGCAGGCUACUUUAUGCCCAACAGAUUGUUCUUCGACAACCUGGGCACCAUCCUGCUGAUGGCGGUGGUCGGAACCAUCUUCAACAUAGCUACCAUCGGUGGCUCCUUGUACGCCUGCGGAAAGAUGGGAAUUUACGGGGAAAGCGAGACUCCGGGUCUAAUGGACGUGUUUCUCUUUGCCUCACUGAUAUCCGCCGUGGAUCCGGUGGCCGUAUUGGCCGUAUUCGAGGAGAUACACGUGAACGAGAUCCUAUACAUUGUCGUCUUUGGCGAGUCCUUGCUGAACGAUGCCGUCACGGUUGUGAUGUACCACAUGAUGGAGUCCUACAAUGAGAUUGGCUUAGACAAAAUCAUCGCCCAGGACAUCGCCAGCGGUGUGGGUUCCUUCUUCGUGGUUGCACUGGGUGGCACUGCCAUAGGCAUCAUCUGGGGCUUUCUCACGGGCUUGGUGACCCGAUUCACCGAUCACGUGCGUGUCAUAGAACCCAUUUUCAUAUUUGUGAUGGCGUACUUGGCCUAUCUCAAUGCGGAAAUAUUCCAUAUGAGCGGCAUUUUAGCCAUCACUUUCUGUGGUAUCACAAUGAAAAACUAUGUGGAAUCGAAUAUUUCACAAAAGUCGCAUACGACUGUCAAAUAUGCCUUAAAGAUGUUGUCCAGCUCGGCGGAGACCAUUAUAUUUAUGUUCCUAGGCGUGGCCACUGUGAACAACAUGCACGUAUGGAAUACGUGGUUUGUGGUGCUGACCAUUGCCUUCUGUUCAGUGUUUCGUGUCAUUGGCGUCAUUUUGCUAUCGGCCCUUGCCAAUCGCUUCCGUCUGCACAAAUUGUCCCGGGUGGAUCAGUUUGUGAUGUCCUACGGAGGAUUGCGUGGUGCUGUGGCCUUUGCCCUGGUGCUGUUGGUGGACGAGAAUGUGGUGAAGCAGAAGAACAUGUUUGUUACCACCACGAUAGCUGUGAUUUACUUUACUGUCUUCCUGCAAGGAAUCACUAUAAAGCCGCUGGUGAAAAUCCUUAAUGUGAAGCGCGCUAAUAAGCGCAAGCCAACCAUGAACGAGCGCAUUCAUGAACGGUUCAUGGAUCACUUGAUGGCUGGAAUUGAGGAUAUAGUGGGCAAGACGGGCAACUACAACGUGCGUGAUAAGUUUAAGCGUUUCGACAAUCGCUUCAUUCGCCCGCUGCUGAUCAGAGAUCUUAAGGGAGCUGAGCCGAAGAUCAUCGAGACGUACUCCAAACUGACAAUGCGCGAUGCUAUGGAAGUUAUGAGGCGAAAUCCAUCCACUAUUGGCCAGAUGACGGGAACCGAGUCGAUGAGCGCCCUUUUCCGGAAUUAUACCAAUAACUACAUUGGCGGCAGGUGGGCACCGCCAACCAUAUACACCACCUGUCCCAGUCUGACAAAUCUAGACAAUACCUGUUCCCGUAAUCUGGACAUGGCUGAGCUGGAUUAUAAUCCAUCCAAGAAGGAUCUGACCGAUGCCAGGAUCCAUCAUCUUUUGGCCGAAGAACUGAAGCCUUAUAGAAGGGCCUCAAUACAAAUGCACCGUCGUCUUAGUUAUAGCCGACACGCAGUAGAUGACAGAGAUUUGUCCACCCAGGUCAAUUACAAGAUGCAAAUGAACUUCAGGCGGAUGUUUAAUGAUCGAAAACAUCACAAACGCAGCAAACGUGGUGCCAGCAACAAGGAGGCCAAGGAGAACGUUAAGCAGAAUCAUGUCUCGUUCCAUGACUUUCAACAGAACGGCACCACUAAGCAGCUCACCAAUGGUACGGAAUCGAGUUCAAACCAUUCACGAAAAAAAUCUUACAGAAAAAGACAUACUCACAAUUCACUUAACAAAUAUCGUAGAUUAGAAAUAGACUAUAUUAACAAUGUGCUUAAUGAAACAGCCGAGGAGUGCCAACAGAAUCCCAACGAGAUCAAUGUUGUUGGCCCGAGCGACGAUUGGGAUGAUGGCCUGACCUUCACCGCCAAAUCAUCACCUGACUCGGAUCGUGCCAAUAACAAUUCCCUGAUAGCCCACAUCCAAAACCUGCCGGGUUUCGAUGCCUCCAAGGCCCGUAUCGUCGUCCAGCACUAUGCGCCCAAGGCCGACGACAAUCCGGACACAGAUAUAGAGUCCCCGGAACAGGCCAUUGGGCCCACGGCCGCCGAAUUGAUAUUGCCGUGGCGGCGGGAUCGUUCAUACCAGAGCAUUGUGGCCGAACAUCCCAUUCCCGAGGAGGAUCGAAAUCUGUCCCGCGAAUCCGACGGAGAAAGGCGUGUGGCCACGCCCACCGCCACGGAAUCCCAGUUGCCGUGGAAAAGACAGGGCGACGAAUGCACGGAUGCAGUGCAGCAGAACGAGUUUCCCGCUUGGGCCUCCAACAAGGAGUACUUGGCCUACAAUUCCCCCAGUGCAACAUUCCUAGGUGGUAUAAACAAGCCUAAACAGCCCAAGUCCGUCAUAGGUCUCUUCCGCCGUGAGAGUUCCAGCUCGAAGGCCGGGAGCGUUGGCAUCGGCAGCACAGGAGCCAUGGACUCGGCAGCCAGUGGCUCCGACACGAUGGUGGUGCCCAUGUCCAGCCAACCUUCCAACGCUCCAUCGACGUCCAUGCACAAUCCGCGGCUGGACAAGCGCUCUCAGUCAAUCUCCUCCAGCUCGCUGGGCGCCGGAGCCCAUCAGCUAGGUCCGGACGGUCACUCCGGCCCAUUUCCGGUUACGGCCAGUCACCGACGUAACGUUCGCAGGGGCUCCAUGCUGGAGCUAAGCGGACUCAUUGCAACUGGACGAAGGCCCAGUAGAAUUUUGCAAUUUAGUCCGGGAGCAACUAACUUACUAGGGUCAGCCAUGAUUCCAAGCCCUUCUCCUCCACCUCCUACUACUUCAACAACAACAACAACUACAGUAAAACCAACAAGCACAUCAACCACCAAGAACAACAACACCAACAAUUCAACAGAUACAACAUCAGCAAGCGCCACAAACUCAACGCCAACCUCCCCGAAAUCGGAGGACAGCGCCACAUAUACGUACCAUACGAAGUAAAGAUCUAAAACUGAAACGAUACCACAAUGUCUUGAGCAACCAAACCGGCCACUAACGAAUUUCGAUACUCUGUAAAAACAAAGACAAUUCCCAAAUACCGCGUAUGCUGGCAUAUGAUAACUCUCGAUUCCAAAAACACUAACUAUAUAUAUACACGAUAUAUGAGUACUGUACAUAGAGCCACAUAGAGCAUAUCAUUGUAGAGUAACAGUUUUUAGCCCGUAGGAUAAACUUUGCUAGCCCUAUGUCUUUUCAUCUGAGCUGAAAUUGAUUUCCUGUUCUUGAAUCGAUUUCGAUGAUAAUAAUCUUGCAUUGGCUUCAAACUUUAUUUCUUGCACUGACUCAAAACAGAUCUCUGAUCUCCAACCACUUUCGACCUUUUCCCAACUGUACAUAAAUUACUCCGAAAUUGGGAUGUUGUUAAUUGGUGAUGUGUGACCGCUUGACUCAGUGGCAGGCAAUCGUAUUUUGCAUUGGAAAAAGUAUGCUGGGUUACUGGAGUUGUUACAUUACGUUUGCAGUUUUAUGGACUAGUGCCCAUUUUUUGUAUAACAGUCCUAGUACAGUAAUAAAACAAGUAUACGACUGUAGUACGACCUAAUUAUAUCUUUUUUUCCAUUGAUUUUUGUGAUUGUGAUUGCACUCCGUUUUUAUGUCUUUUAUAUGCUUGUUCGUAUUAUUUAUAUAACCGUUAUGUAUGCAAUAUGUCCCUAAUUAGCACCCCGCCUUUUCCAAUCUUAUUAUAUAACACAAUACCCAAGACUAUGCAAAGCAAUUUCUAAAAAAAAGGUUAACAAUUAAUGGAAGAUAUUACGUAAUACCUUUGUGGUGUGUUUUUUGUUUGUGAAUAUUUCGAACCCAAAAAAAACCGAAACAAAAUUCAAACUAAAUCCUAACUAAUAACGGUUUAUAAACCAACUACAUUGGUAAACAAUUUGAUGAAAAAUUAUAUUUUUUAGCGGCGUCUCAAUUGAAUCUGAUUAAUCAAAUCCGAAACGAGCACAGAGCCAGAGCAAUUAACUAGCUAAACUGUACACUAAAUGCACAAACACACACCAUAUUUCUACACGCACACACUGACACCAAACUGUUAUACAAUUGAGAGCACCUGUGAUAACUUUCCCUAGACACAAUUUCUAUGCCUAAAGUGUAUCUUUAAACGGCUUUAAUCACACGAACUAUGUGUAAGUAUUAGACAAAGUAUCCUUCCAAAGUGUUAUACAUAUAACACAGUGCCUGGGCUCAGCACAGCUAACAAUCGAGCCCAAUUAACACCCACACUCUUCUGUGUGCUAAUCCCAAUUCUAAUCUAAUCUUAAUUUGCAACAAAAAUCCAAACGGCGAACUCAAAGAAAUUGUAUUGUAUUUAUUAAGAACAGUAGUGCAAAAAUUUGAAUGUAAAGUAGAACUGUUAUACUGUGCCUUAAACAUGUCUUCCUGAUAACCCUCUCUACCAUCUUCCUGUUCCAUUUUAAUUUGCUUUGAUGUAGUGCCCAAAAUAUAUUUAAUUUAUUUUAUUAUAUUUAAUGCUAUCUUUUUUUACAAAGUUUUUUAUAUAAAUAUAAAUAGCUAAUUUAGCUGUAGCCUCUCAUGCUAACAUUAAACCAUACGAAUAUCCAAACGAAAUCAUUUGCCAAAAUU